AUGCCUUCCUCCGUCCCCCUACGCCCUAAGGCGAACAACACGCACAAGCCCGAAGCUCCCAUCAGUUAUGACAUCAACAUCCCAUACGUGGAUGUCGACAAGCUCUCCAAAACCAACACUCCCUACCCGGAGUACCUCCCCACGUGGGACCCCGUCUGGUUCGACCCGCUCCCAUACCACGACUACGUGGACCCCGGCCUGCGCGCCGACCCAGCCAAACCCAAUCUUCUCCACGACGGAGUGACAGUCAACCACAUCCAGCCCUCCAUCGGCUCCGUCGUCGAAGGGCUGCAACUCAACCAACUCACAAAUGUCCAAAAGGACGAGCUCGCCCUCCUGAUCUCGGAGCGCAAGGUCCUCGCUUUCCCGAACCAAGACCUGAUCGACGACGGCCCCGCCGCCCAAGAAUCAUUCAUGCGCUACUUUGGCAAACCCAAUUACCAGCCCGUCUCAGGCACAGUGCGCAACCACCCAGCUUUCCACGUCAUUCACCGCGACGGCAACCGCGACGAGAUCGCCCGCUUCCUCGAAGCCCGCACCACCACCACCCUCUGGCACCAGGAUGUCAGCUAUGAGAUCCAGCCGCCGGGCUACGUCAUGCUGGGCCUGCUCCAGGGCCCGGACGUAGGCGGCGACACCGUCUUCGCCGCCACCGACAUGGCCUACAAGCGCCUCUCGCCGACGCUGCGCGCCUUCCUGGAUACGCUGAAGACGGUGCAUACCAGCGCAAAGAUGAUCAACCACACCCGGCUGACGGGUGGGUUGGUGCGCAAGGACCCCGUCGAUACGGUGCAUCCGCUGGUGCGGGUGCACCCGGUCACGGGGGAGAAGUGUCUGUUUGUCAAUGCGGAGUUUAUUACCAAGGUCCAGGGCAUGAAGGAGCCCGAGACGAAGUGGUUGCUGGACUUUUUGAUGAACCACAUCGUGACGGGGCAUGAUUUCCAGGCCCGCGUACGCUGGCAACCGAAGACGAUUGUGAUGUUUGAUAACCGGGCUACUACUCGUGAGUUUCACUCCCUUUUUUUUUUUUGGUCUUUUUUACUUUGCGCACUUUCUUCAUCAAUUAGGGGCGCAGGGGAGAAAAAUCUCAUUGCUAAUUGUUUUGCAGACUCGGCAAUUGUAGACUAUCUGGAUGAGGAGUUCGGGGCGAAGCCAAGGCACAUUUUCCGGCUGAUCGCGCUGGGCGAGAAGCCGAUUCCGGUGUACGACGAGUUUGAGUAA